CUCAGAAGAAGAAGAAACAUGAUCAUCAAAUUGGGCGCUUCCAAAACAAUCUAUGCUGGAAGGAAUGAAAUCCAAACUACAGUUCUCAAUUUCGUAAUCGUCGCUGUGAGUAGAGGCAUCGGAGGUGGUUUCGCGUACGAUAUCGACACCGUGAAACAGCGAAUUAGGAGGAACGUUCUCCUUCCCAAUGCCACCAAACGCGGUUGUUUCGCGUUUCGGUUUCUUCGAUGGGCGUUGGUUAUUGAAAGGAGCAAAGGCGUGAAAGCUCGUCGUCUGACGUUGCUUUGGGCUAUGGCGGUGGAGGAGAGGUGGUGUUUGGUGACCGGAGGUCGAGGCUUCGCCGCUCGACAUUUGGUGGAAAUGCUAAUUCGUGACAACAUGUACUCCGUUCGUAUCGCCGAUUUGGGAGGCACAAUUGAUCUGGAACCCGCCGAACAGUUAGGGCUUCUCGGCCAGGCUUUGCACUCCGGGCGGGCCCAAUAUGUGUCUCUGGAUCUUCGCAACAAGGCUCAAGUCUUAAAAGCAUUGGAGGGAGUUGAGGUUGUGUUCCAUAUGGCUGCUCCCAACUCUUCCAUUAACAACUAUCAGCUUCAUUAUUCGGUGAAUGUCGAAGGAACGAAGAAUGUCAUCGAUGCUUGUGUGGAGAUGAACGUGAAGCGUCUCGUUUACACUAGUUCUCCCAGCGUUGUCUUCGAUGGAAUCCACGGAAUUCAUAACGGGAAUGAAUCAUUGCCGUAUCCACCCUCGCUUAAUGAUCAUUAUUCUGCGACGAAAGCUGAGGGUGAGAAAUUGGUUAUUAAAUCGAAUGGGACUAAUGGGCUCUUAACGUGCUGCAUACGCCCCAGCAGCAUUUUUGGGCCUGGUGAUAGACUGUUGGUGCCUUCAUUGGUCGAUGCUGCCAGGGCAGGGAAAUCCAAGUUCGUUAUUGGCGAUGGCAAUAACAUUUUUGAUUUCACAUAUGUUGAAAAUGUGGCUCAUGCUCAUAUUUGUGCUGAACGAGCUCUAGCUUCAGAGGGAUCGGUUUCAGAAAAAGCUGCAGGAGAGGCAUAUUUCAUAACAAAUAUGGAACCUAUGAAAUUUUGGGAGUUCAUGUCACUGAUUUUGGAAGGUUUUGGAUAUGAAAGGCCAAAAGUGAAGAUCCCUACCUUUGUUGCCAUGCCAAUUGCACAUUUGAUUGAGUGGAUAUUUAGGCUGUUAGGCCCUUAUGGAAUGAAGGUGCCUCAGUUGACCCCUUCAAGAAUAAGAAUCCUCACUUGCACGAGAUCUUUUGAUUGCUCAAAAGCAAAGGACCGCCUUGGUUAUGCACCCAUUGUAACACUACAGGAGGGCCUAAGGAGGACGGUUGAAUCAUACCCACACUUGAGGGCUGAAAAUCAACCUAAAAUUAAAAGAGAAGGUCCCUCAAAAGCUUCCAUGUAUCUUGGAAGUGGAAGAGUUGCUGACACAUUACUUUGGAAGGAUAAAAAGCAAACUUUCACCGUGUUGUUAGUCUUGAUUGCAAUAUACUUCAACUUCAUUGCAUCUAAGGAUACCAUCAUUACUGCUCUUACAAAGCUUCUAUUGUUCACAUCAAUCUUUUUAUUCAUUCAUGGCCUUCUACCUGCAAAAGUAUUGGGGUAUACUGUUGAGAAAAUGCCCAAAUCAUGGUUUCACUUAUCAGAAGAUAUGUCACAUCAAAUUGCUCUCUCAGUGGCCUCAUCAUGGAAUUUUGUUGUGAAUGUUUUAAAAUCCGUUGCAGAAGGGAAUAAUUGGGAGCUGUUCUUUAAGGUUGUUUUCUCUCUGUUCAUUCUUAGCUUCCUUGGAGCCUUUUCGCUUCAGAACUUGUAUACUAUAGGACUUACCCUUGCGUUUAUAGCUUUCUACGUUUAUGAAAGGAAGGAGGAAGACAUUGAUGGCAUAUUUAUUAAAACUAGUUCUUUUGGAUGCAAAUUGAAAUCCGAUUUCACCAGUAAGUUUCUUGCUUCCAAGAUUGAUUGAUAGCUAUUGUAGCACUAGUUUUUUUUUAGAUAAGUUGAGCGGUUGCACCUUAAUUAUUCGUUGGAAUUUCAUGUAUUAUUGUACAAUAAUUGUAACUUAAUUUGAUUUGAUAUAGUCAACUUACAAAAUUUUGUUUCAUUGUUGAAAAUUCUGAACUUGCUUCGACUAGUUGUUCUCGUCAACGACAUUAACUGUUGUAAAUUCAUAAUUACGAGAGUAUCCAG